CUAAAAAAUAUUACAAACUAAGAAAGAUUAUUAAACAAAAAUAUGUGAGUACCUUACUAUCCCUUUUGUUCUCAGGUUUUAGCCAAAUAUUAAAAUUUAGCAUGAAAUCAUUACACCCUAAGCUUACAAACACACUUAUGACCUUGUGCGUUUCUGCUCUUCUUCUCCCCUGCAGCUCCCGAAAGCCCCCAAGCUGCCGACUUCCAUACUUGAAAGAAAAAUCGAUCUGCUCUGCUCUUCCGCCCCUGUCCGCGAGCUGCAGCUUGUUGUGCGAAUUUCUGGGCAUUUUUCUGCCCGUGAGUUUCCCCUGCACUUCCCGCCGGCUCCUCCCCAAACUGCAGCUCCGGUUUUUGCUGCUAAAUCCUAGUUUCACAUCGUUCUGUCAGUUUAGCAUUGAGAUUGAGUCUUCGGUUUUAUGCGAGUGAAUUUCUAUGUUAUGCGAUUUGAGGUAAGUAAAUUUAUGGUAAUGUCCGUACAGUUUUUAAAAACAUGAUUUGACUUGUUUUUGAAGUGGUGGUGGGACUAACCCGUUUUAUACAAAAGUAAGUAUGAUUGAUUUGAAGUAAAAUUUUUAUGUUUUUCAUUAAAUUGAGCAUGCUUUCUUGAAAUUUAAUUGAUUGUCCUGAUGAUUUGAAAGUGAUUGGUGAAUUAUGGUUUUUCUGUUAACUUUUGGCUGUUUUGUCUCCGAUGUGGUUAUGUUAUUAGUGACUCUACUAGUUGGGGAGUUUAUAAACGCUAGCAUAUGUCGACAUGUUAUUGAUAGAACCGGUUCGUUCGAGUGACCCUGUUAGUGGGGUUUAUACACCAGCAAAUAGUGCGCCUGCCAGUGGGUGGUUUAUAACACUGGCCAUGACUUAUAGAGGAGACGUCUAUUUCGUUCCCAUACUGUAUCCGUUUUUCGUGAUCAUACUUGUUGGCAUGCUAUAAGUUUAAUUAAGGGCUAUUCAUAUUUUACGUACUGAGUUUAUUUCAUAGUUUUUCCUUGUCCACCAUUUCAAGAAGCGAAACCGAGGACAGGGAAACCACAGGAAGUGACAAGUUAAAAGGCUAGCCAUUUGGAGAUUGAUAUAGAUUUUAGAAAUAAAUCAUGUUUUUGUAAGAUAGAUUUUACCUUGAAAUUUUAUGGUAUCAAAACAGAUUUUAUGAGAGUAGAUUUUUGCGAUAUGAUUUAAGUUAUUGGAUUGUCAGAUGCGAAUUGGAUAAGUUCCGAACCUUGUGCAUUUGUGGGACCCUCUCAUGAGUGUACGGCGUUUGUUACGCCUUGGAUUUGGGUUUUGGGGCGUGACACCUCAAUUACACAUGUUUUUUAAAUUUUGUUUUAUAAUUCUUUUCUUGUACUUUUGGUGUAAACUAACCACUAUAAUAUGGUUUAGUCAAAAAUAAAAUUCACGAAAAUAC